AUGAUUAUUUGUCAUUUUCAAGGUAUGGAACAAAGGAGAUGUGGAUCCCGAUGGGGGCGACGCUGGUGGGUUGCUUGGUUGUUGCUUAUUUUGUGGAAUGGCUCCUCUGCACAGCUCAGAUAUUCCAUAUCAGAGGAAGUUGAAGUGGGGACGGUGGUCGGGAACGUAGCGAAGGACCUGGGUUUGGAUAGGGGCUCGCUGAAAGGGCGAGGGUACCGCAUCGUGGCCGGUAACGCCGAGCCCGAUUUUGAAAUGAACCAGGAGGACGGCGUCUUGUACGUGGCUAGGAGGAUAGACCGAGAAGAGGCGUGUGAACGCGUUAGCCCGUGUGUGAUCAAGCUAAAAACAGUGCUUGAAAAUCCACUCGAGGUGCAUUACGUCACUGUGGAAAUAUUAGACAUAAACGACCACGAGCCUGCUUUUCCAGAAAAGGAAAAAAAGCUUGAAAUAUCCGAGUCUGCUUUGCCUGGUGCGCGCUUCCAGCUCCAAGCAGCGCGCGACCCGGACGUGGGCCAGCUUUCAAUCCAGCAAUAUAAAGUCAGCCAUAAUGAAUAUUUUCGCAUCGAGGUGAGGGACAGAGGAGAGGACCGUAAAGUGCCAUUUUUAGUGCUGCUCAAGCAGUUAGACCGAGAGACGGCGGGGAGACACCGGCUCCGCCUCACGGCAACAGACGGUGGCAAACCGGCUAAGUCCGGUUCCAUAGAAAUAACCGUGGAUGUCCUCGACGUGAACGAUAACUCACCGGUGUUUGACAAGGAGCUUUAUUCUGCCUCAUUGAACGAAAAUGUGGCUGUGGGCACCGUUGUUAUUCAAGUGAACGCCACGGAUUCAGACCAGGGUGCUAAUAGUGAAAUAGUGUAUUCAUUCGGUAAAGAGGUUGAUUUAAAAGUGAAAGAUCUUUUCAGUAUCGACCCAAUCACAGGUGAAAUUCACGUAACAGGCCUCAUUGAUUAUGAAGAAAGUAAAAGCUAUGAAAUUGAUAUCCAAGCAUCUGAUAAGGGACAAGUUCCUCUCACAGCUGACAAAAGUGUUGUGAUAAAUAUUAUUGAUGUUAAUGACAACGCCCCUGAGAUAGAAGUGACGUCAUUUUCUAACUCCAUCAAGGAGGAUGCAAAGAUAGGAACCACUGUGGCGCUAAUUAGUGUCAGCGACUUAGACUCUGGAAUCAAUGGUAAAGUACUCUGCACCAUUAAACAAGAUGUUCCUUUUACCUUAUCUCCAUCUUUACAAGAUAACAUGUAUGCUGUAGUCACAAAGUCCCAACUAGACCGAGAACAGGUUACUCAGUACAAGGUCACGAUUAUCGCAAAGGACGCAAACGAGCCGGUGUUUUCUACAGAAAGGACCAUCACUGUUGUUGUGUCAGAUGUUAACGAUAACAGUCCUGAUUUUUCAUCGAGUCCUUAUAUAUUUUAUAUCCCGGAGAACAACACUCCGGGUGCUGCUGUGUUUUCUUUAAAAGCUUCUGAUCGGGAUGAAGGUGACAAUGCAGUCAUUGCUUAUCAUAUUGUUAGAGAAGCAAGUACAGACACUAAAUUGAUGUCAUUUAUAAACAUCAACCCAGAAACUGGAGAAGUUAUAGCACUAAAAAGUUUUGACUUUGAGACACUGAAAAGCUUCCAGUUCCAAGUGGUGGCCACAGACGCUGGAAGUCCUCCAAUGAGCAGCAACGUAACAGUGAAGGUGUUCAUCCUGGAUCAGAACGACAACGCUCCGGUCAUCCUGUAUCCAGUCAGCUCCAACGGUUCCUCCGAAGGCGUGGAGGAGAUUCCCCGCAAUAUGAAAGCAGGAGACUUGGUGACUAAAGUCCGAGCCUAUGACGCUGAUAUCGGAUAUAACGGCUGGUUACUGUUUUCACUGCAGCAAGUCACUGACCACAGUGUCUUUACUUUGGACCGCUAUACGGGCCAGAUCAGAACACUUCGCUCAUUGACAGAGACAGACGAGGCUGAGCAUCAACUGCUCAUACUGGUCAAAGACAAUGGCAACGUUUCACUCUCAGCAACAGCUACUGUGACUGUCAAACUUGUGGAGCCCAAAGAGGCUUUUGCAGCUUCUGAUGUCAAACGUGCAGCAGCAAAAGUGGACAAGGAGGAGGACGACAAUGUGACUUUUUAUCUCAUCAUCACUUUGGGCUCGGUCUCCCUCCUUUUUGUCAUCAGCAUCAUCGUGCUGAUCGCCAUGCAGUGCUCCAAAUCCACAGAGUACACUUCCAAAUAUCUCCAAGACACUAAUUAUGAUGGGACACUGUGUCACAGCAUCCAGUACAGAUCAGGAGACAAACGCUACAUGUUAGUUGGACCCAGAAUGAGUAUCGGUUCUACUGUGGUCCCGGGCAGCCACGCCAACACUCUGGUGCUCCCUGACAGGAGACUCGCUUCUUCUGGGGAGGUAAGACAGUUUUUGAGAUCAUUGUGUCUUCUCUAUAGUAGUCCAUAUUGUUUACGUCUGUUGAAGUGUUUUAUUCUCGGUUCAUUGACACUGACCAUGAUCCUGAUUGUGUAUAGUUUGGCGGACUUUUUGUUUAGAUUUAAUACUUUAAAGCAAUAAGAUGUUUCAUCCAUACA